ACAUGCGGUGGGAACCAAUCUCGGCGCCUGGGUUUGAAGGGAGAAACGCAUCGGAGCUUUUUUCAUCCUGGCUGUUAACAUCUAAGUCUUUCGAGGGUUUAGCAUUAUUUUGUGGAAGGGGCUUUCGGGGUUUUUCGGGCUUUUCGAGUGGACGCAAUCUGCCAGCACCGCCGAGGACAGAGACGCUUUCCUGAGCCCUGGAUCUUUCUUCCUUCUGGAAAUAUUCUGUGAGAAUUUAUUUAUUUUUGAACAAAAGCACCCGCACGUCAUGGACCUCAUUGCAUUGCUGAAGUCUCAGUUCCUGUGCCACCUGAUCUUCUUCUAUGUCUUCAUCGCCUCGGGGCUGAUUGUGAACAUCAUCCAGCUCUUCACGCUGGCGCUGUGGCCCAUUAACAAGCAACUCUUCCGGAGGAUCAACUGCAGACUGUCUUAUUGCAUCUCCAGCCAGCUGGUGAUGCUGCUGGAGUGGUGGUCAGGCACAGAGUGCACCAUCUAUACAGACCCACACGUCUACCCUAAGUAUGGAAAGGAAAAUGCCAUCGUAAUUUUGAACCACAAAUUUGAAAUCGACUUUCUCUGUGGCUGGAGCCUGUCAGAGCGCCUCGGAAUCUUAGGGAAUUCCAAAGUCCUAGCCAAGAAGGAGCUGGCUUAUGUCCCAAUAAUCGGCUGGAUGUGGUACUUCACAGAAAUGAUCUUCUGCACACGCAAGUGGGAACAAGAUCGUCAGACAGUCGCUAAGAGCCUUCUGCACCUCCGGGAUUACCCAGAGAAGUACCUUUUCCUGAUCCACUGUGAGGGCACACGGUUCACAGAGAAGAAGCACCAGAUCAGCAUGCAGGUGGCCCAAGCCAAGGGGUUGCCCAGCCUCAAGCACCAUCUGCUGCCACGCACCAAAGGCUUCGCCAUCACUGUGAGGUGCUUGAGAGGCGUAGUUCCAGCUGUAUAUGACUGUACACUCAAUUUCAGAAAUAAUGAAAACCCAACGCUGCUGGGAGUCCUAAAUGGAAAGAAAUAUCAUGCUGAUUGUUAUGUUAGGAGGAUUCCAAUGGAAGACAUCCCAGAUGAUGAUGACCAGUGCUCAGCCUGGCUCCACAAGCUCUAUCAGGAAAAGGAUGCCUUUCAAGAGGAAUACUAUAGGACAGGAGUCUUCCCAGAGACUCCCAAGGUCCCCCCACGGCGGCCCUGGGCGCUGCUCAACUGGCUGUUCUGGGCCUCGCUGCUGCUCUACCCCUUCUUCCGGUUCCUGGUCAGCAUGGUCAGCAGUGGCUCCUCCGUGACUCUGGCCAGCUUCAUCGUUAUCUUCUGUAUGGCCUCUAUGGGAGUUCGAUGGAUGAUCGGCGUGACAGAAAUUGACAAGGGCUCUGCCUAUGGCAACAGUGACAACAGACAUAAGCACAGUGACUGACUUGGGGGUAUGUUACCCCAAAGGGAGCCUUGGGGAAACUGGUGGCCUCUGCAUAGCCUUCCUAGCAGGACACAAUGAUGGAGACUGGGACAUGGAAGUCACAGUCUCUCCAGCCACGGAGUUUGCUCUCAGAAUCAGAUGGGGAGGAAGAUGCUCUUAAAUCUUUUUCCCGUGUGAUUUAGUGGGUGUUGGUUUUCUUUCUUUUCAGUUGCACACGUGUGUGUGUGUGUAAUGGCUGUGUGGCUGUGUGAGCCUGGCCCUGUGACAGUACAAAGGGUAUAUGCCUGCAGGGGAGGGCAGGGCUGGGGAACAGGAGGGACAUGUUCCCCUCACCCUUUGGUGCUGCGUCUUCUGUAAUUGAUUGCCAGAGUGCAAAGUGCUUCAGGUAAGAUGACUAAAUUAUGCCUCCAAAAACAAAUUAAAGUGUUUGUCUGGGUCAUCUGUGGCGUAUGUAUACAGAACACUCCACCCUCCUGUUACCUUCUGCCCUGAGCUUGGGCAUUCCAGAAGGCAGUGGUGAUAGACUGAGCUCUUGGCAGGAGCUUUCAUGAGUCUGGGCUGAGAUGGCCCCCACAUGAUGGCUGCCUGUUAUAGGGUAUGCCAACACAGUGAUGCCCUCUGGCAAGAACUGGAUGUGAGACCCCUCCGUGGUGAGGGCAAAGCCAGCAGGCAGGUGAGGGCAGGUGCUGGGAGGCAGCUGAGUUCUUCCCUGUGAUACCGCACAGGGAACUCCAAAGGCAGCUCUGGUUCUGUCUCACCAAAACAGAGUCCCUCACUUAAAUCCUGAAGAUCCACUCAACUCCCUGAAAAGCUGAUCUUGAAACUGAAUGUGAGAAAACAAGAAAAUAAAGCCUAUACAUCCUGUAGCAAUUUGUGAGAUGGUCUUGCACCUCAUGUUCAGCUCAACAGUGAUGGUAGACGUUGGAUCCCUAAAAAUCAGCAUGAGGUCAUUGAUAAAGACACUUCUCCCUUCCCUAGCACAUAUGCUGGUGUGCAGCCUCCAAGGAACCAGAUCUUUCUGUGACCAGGUUCCCUGGGCUCCUCUCCUCUUCUGGGCUCCCAACUGGCUCCCACUUUCCACCACUGAAGAGUUCUGCCCAUGUGGUCUCGGGAGCGAUGGUCAAUGGAGAGGACGUCUACAGACUGUGGUCACAAGGCCAGAUUCAAAACAAGGAGGGAGAAAAGGGCAUACCAGGUAGCAUGUCCUCUUAGGCCAAGAUGCUGAAGACAGCACCUUUCUCUUUGUGCACAGCUACACACUACCUGGUACAAAUGUCCUAUUUUGCUGUAGAGUUUGCCUAACAGCUCACCAAAAGCACAUCACACUCAGAGUCAUGUUUUCAGGUGUUUGCUCCACUGAGUGUUUACUAAGCAUGACAGACCAGAUGAGUCAAGGAGUUAAAAAUGAGUGCUGGAGUUCUCUCUGCUUAAGGGACAACAAUGUAUCAUUGGUUCAAGUGAAUUUGAGUCUGCAGAAGUGGAAAAGGAACAUACUCUGGUGUGUUUGUGGGAGAGUAUCAGAGAACCUGAGUAUACACUCACUGGCAUGGUAGUAAUAAGCCCAGUGCAUCUGCCCAUCUGCAUAGGGCCCACAGUGCAAGUACAGAGCUCCACAGACAAAAGCCUAGGUGUGCCUUUCCCAGAUGGGUGGGCACUCAGAGGUGUGAGGUGUGUGUGAGUGCCUGGCAGACUACCCUUGGAUUUUAGGGACCUGAGCGAGGUCCUGAGGCUGGGGGCCCUGGCUGGGGACCUGAGCGAGGCUGUUGGCUCAUUUUAGCCAAGUCACAAGGUUCACCUGCAGACCUCUGUAGCUCAUGUGCUGUAAGAUCCAGGCAAGUCACCCUACCUCUCAGGACACCUCUUGUGUUGUCAUAAGGGCCAAGAGACAUACUCUGAGAAUCCUAAAGCACUAAAUAAAUAUGAUGAAGGACUAGAAAGCUGUCUCCAUGUUGCCACUCUUCAAAACUGCUCAGCAAUUACCGGGUAGUGCUAAAAAGACAUCAUUUUUUUCCUUGUCAUCUCCCACAUGAUACAGAGAUUAUCUACAUUUUAACAUACACAGUACCAAGUCUUGGGACUUAAAAGGGGCUCCCAGAUUUCCUCAACUGUUCUUGUAAUAAACAGGAUGACAAGCUAACAGGUUGCUUACCAGUGCCUCUGGUGCCAGGUCAGAGAAAUUCUAGGAAAGAGCUAAGCAGUUGGUGGUUUUUUAAAUUGCUUUGCAAGUCAAGGGAAUGUUGGGUGCUGGGGAGAGAUCCUGACAGCUCUCUCAUCAGUCAUCUGAGACCACUGUGGAGAAAAUGUCCUGCAGAGGAGACCUGAUUUGCUCCUCUCCUGGUACUUCAGGAAGGAGUCCUAUCCCCCUCCCCGUAUCUAGCCCCAUUCCUCAGGUCACUCCUCCAUCUCUUCAGCAAUGAACUGUUUGACCCCCAGGGUAUUUAUUUUCCUAUGACGUAAGAACCAUGGAGUUUAAGCUACCCUGUGUCCCUUAAGUACAGCAACAUGGACUGAGGGCUUCACGACUUAAUGUCCCUGUCUCCACAGAGCUGAGUUUUAACGCUGUCAAAAGCCUCUUCUGUAAUUCAAGGAGAUGGAGAAAAAUAUCCAUUUUUACUGAAAUCUAUAGAACAAGGCAGGCCAUCUCCAGUGCUAAAGGCUUAGCCUAGGCUCUGCAGCUUGAAGGUGGGGGUUUAAUGUACAUCCAUGAUACAAGCCCACAGAGACUUUCUCCCAGACACCAGUUUGGGGAUUGAUUUAGCAGCUGCUCUGAUAAGCUAUGCAGGCAGAACUGAGGCUCUGUGUCUCUCAUCCUAUGGUUUUAUUUUACAGAGAAAAAGCUUCCAUGGUGUCACACAAUAAUACUGCAAUCUGUCUUAACUGCUUUAGUCUCUAAAGACCUUGGAAAAGAAGCUGUUUUAUAAUUUUAAAAUAGCAGUCUUUUCCUAAUAUAUUCCCAUGUAUGUGUUGGGAAGACAGUAAUUAAGACAUAAACUCCAAUAUCUGUACUGAUAAAACUGGCCACAAGCAGCUCUGGCCAUUCCCCAAUGGAGCAGAAUAAUGGUCUGGCAAAUUCUCAAGCAAAACAGAAUGGGUUCAACAGAGGCUUUAGAACUUAACACAUAUGAACGAGCUGAGUGUAACGCUGCACACCUGUAAUCCCAGCACUCUGGGAGGCUGAGACAGGACUGCAAGUUUGAACCUAGCCUCAGCAACCUAAUGAGACCCUAUCUUCAGAACAACAAAAAAAGUUAAAAUACAGAAGUGAAGAAAAAUGACCAAUGAGGACUCUCAAGGUCAAAACGGGAGUAUUGCUUCAGCUUUUUGUAAAGCACUGUGCAAACUUUUCACAUAUUUACUAGGAAAUGUUGAGGUGGGAAAGCACACAUUCGGCCUCGGGAUUACAGACUAUCUGGAGGAAUUUGUGGUGCCAAUUAUCCUGAAAGCACAUGGAAGCUAGAGGGGCCACCCUGCUGCCUACCUGCACAAGGAGCCUUUAGGCCAUCAUGUCCACCCCAGUGCAACCAGGGACACACUUGUCCAAUGGGGCUCUCCAUGUUACUAAGGUCUCUCACGUUGUCUCAAUAGGUGUGUUCAGCUUCCAUCACCAAGUGUGGCUUCCAAUGCCUUACCUAGUUUUUUUUUGUUUUGUUUUGAGACAGGGUCUCACUGUGUAGCUCAG